GUGAUACUGUCGAAUUGAAUGACCGGGGUUCGCGACUCUGUCGCGCGACGUCACUGGUAAUCAACCUCGGCUCGUCCCCGCGUUUGCUCUCGCAUUCACCGACAUGACACGCGCAUUGUCAACCGACUGUGUGGCUGAACAUGCUGAGGCCGAACACGAUUUCGCGAUCGCUCCUGGCUAACAGUCUGUCUACAAUUGCUCGUUCAGCACGCCUCUCACUCGCGCUUCCGACCACCUCCCUUCGACGCGCCGGCUUGUCAAGAUCACAGGAUAAUUCUGCCGUACAACAGCGCAACAUGUCGUCCCCGGCAGACCAUGAGCCUUCGAAAAAGCCAAUGAAAGAAGUGCCCGUCCCAAGGCCGAGUUCGAGCGUCCUCCUCAUCUCGCCCACGAACCAGAUCCUGCUGCUCCACCGAGUAAAGAAGGCGUCCAGUUUCGCCGCCGCGCAUGUCUUCCCCGGCGGCGCAUUGUCCAAGACCCACGACGGCCCCAUCCCGGACGUGAACGACGCCGGCCGACACCAAGACGGCCCCGCGUACCGCCUCGCAGCCAUCCGCGAGACCUUCGAGGAAUGCGGCAUCCUCCUCGCGAAGAGCAAAACCACCGGCAAGCUCUUCACCGCCAUCAGCGACGCGGACCGCGAACAGGGCCGCCGCGCCGUGCACUCCGGGUCCGUCAGGUUCACCGACCUGCUCGAGCAGUGGGGCGCCGCGCCCGACACCGACGGCCUGCUGCCCUUCACGCGCUGGAUCACGCCGCCCAACGUGCCCAAGCGCUUCUCCACGCAGAUGUACCUGUACUUCCUCCCGCUGGGCUCGACGAACGCCGCGCCGCCAGGGACCCCGCCGCAGUCCGGCAACGAGGAACCAGACCUCGUGAUCCCGAACCCCACGCACGACGGCGGCAUCGAGCACACCGCUGCGCGCUUCCUGCCACCCCACAAGUGGCUCGCGCUUGCCCGCCAAAACCGCAUUAUCCUGUUCCCCCCGCAGUUCUUCCUCACGCACCUGCUCGCGCCGUACCUCAGCCCCGCGGCCACUAACCCCUCGUCCGCGACUCCCUCCCCCGCCUCCCUCGCCGCCGAGCGCGCCGCCCUAAUGGCCUUCCUACACAACCCCCGCACCCACGCUGGAACCCCCGAAGUCCCCUUCGCAGAAGCCUGCAUCUCGCCGCUCGUCCUCGGGCGGGGGCAGUACGGACAGACCGCCCAGGACGGCGUCGGCGGCGUGGAUAAACAUACCGCGGUGCUGGUGCUGGAUGGGCCGGGGCGCGAGGUCGAGGCCCAGCCGCACGGGCAGGGGCGUAAGGGGGUCAGGGAGUGGGUUGUUACGACGCGGUUUCGGGGGGAGGGGCCAAGGGAUGUGGAGGUUAGGAGGCGGGAGGAUGUGCUUGGGAAG